GAACUUUUAUGUAAAAAAAAAAAUAUCAAUAAACUUUCUUAUGGUUAGUUCUAUCUUUUUUAACUGAAAAUGUAAGUGAUAUUAUCGUAUUUUAGUUAAAAAAAUUUUAAAUAUAUUUAAAUACCCAAAGUUAAUGCAUGGAGGGAGUUCUUUGGAGUAAGUCCAUAGUUCAAGGGUUUGAAAUUCAAAUAUGAUAAUUCAAGGUUCAAUUUGUUUAUUGUCAAUAGUUCAUGGGUAAUCCUCUCUUGCAUAUAGUGGGCAAAAAAGUAAUUUGGCACAGAAAAAAAAACUGAGUCUAUCAUUAUCUAUAUAUACAUGGCAAGUUAGCCAGAUUAUACACAGGCAUUCUAAAUGGCAGCAUUAGUACUACACUUGUUGCUCUCCUUGUUUCUUGCUACAAUAGCAAAUGUUGAACCUCAUUCCCAUGGCAUCCACAACCAAAUCCAUCUCCUCCGCCCACAAUCCGGGGCUGGCGGCAGCCCCGUCCCCGGCCUUUCCUGCCAGAGCUGGCGUUUAGGGGUUGAAACUCACAACAUUAUUGGGUGGGCGACGGUUCCACAAGAGUGUGAAGGUUAUGUUGGACACUACAUGUUAGGCCAACAGUACAGGAAAGACUCAAAAGCGGUGGCCGAUGAGGCUAUUCAUUUUGCAGAAAGUCUGAAGCUGGCCAAGGACGGCAAGGACAUUUGGGUUUUUGAUGUUGAUGAGACCACCCUCUCUAAUCUGCCUUAUUAUGCUCAACAUGGAUUUGGGGUGGAGCCAUACAAUGCCAAGGUGUUUGACGAAUGGGUAAUUCAAGCCAAAGCAGUAGUAUUGCCAGAAAGUCUGAGGUUGUACAGAAAACUUCUGUCUCUUGGAAUCAAGCCUGUUUUUCUAACUGGAAGAACUGAAGACAAAAGGAAUGUUACAACCACCAAUCUGAAGAAUGCUGGCUACCACACUUUGGAGAUGCUUAUACUCAAGGGGUCGAAUUAUUCAGGGAAAACAGCAACGGAAUACAAAUCAAAUGAGAGGAGAAAUUUGGAGAUGAAGGGAUUUAGAAUCGUUGGAAACAGUGGUGAUCAAUGGAGUGACUUAUUGGGGACCAAUGUAGGCAAUCGAACAUUCAAGUUACCCGAUCCAAUGUACUAUAUUAGCUAAGUUUAAAGUUUUAAUUGUAAUAAAUGUAAUAAACUCUUAAAAAUCAAUAGUCUCUAACAAGAAGACAAGGUGGCAAGGGCAUUUUUAAUAAAAUUGUGUUUGAACUUUUAAUGU